UCCUCUGAAUCUCCUUGCCGGGGUCUGCCACACCCAGCAUGCAUCUUUAUAAUCUCACCUUGCAACCGCCAACAGCCAUCACUCAGGCCAUCGUUGGAAAUUUCUCCGGCGCGAGGCAGCAGGAAAUCAUUGUUUCGCAUGGAACGCGACUGGAGCUGUUGCGACCUGACCCCCAGACUGGGAAGGUUGCCACUGUGAUAGCAUGCGACGUCUUUGGUUCGAUACGCUCACUGGCUGCGUUCCGCCUGACUGGGGGUACCAAGGAUUAUGCUAUAGUAGGAUCUGAUUCUGGACGCAUUGUCAUUCUGGAUUAUGAUCCCAAAACUAGUAGCUUCGUGAAACUGCAUCAGGAGACUUAUGGCAAGUCGGGCGCGCGCCGUAUCGUCCCUGGCCAGUACUUGGCGGUCGACCCCAAAGGCCGGAGCGUCAUGAUCUCGGCCAUAGAGAAAGCCAAAUUGGUCUACAUCCUGAACAGAGAUGCCGCUGCGAACCUGACGAUAUCGUCUCCUUUGGAGGCCCAUAAAAAUGCCUCUAUAAUCCAUCAUAUUGUGGGAUUGGACGUCGGAUUCGAGAACCCUACCUUUGCGGCGCUCGAGGUUGACUACAGCGAGUCCGACCAAGAUCCUACAGGCGAAGCCUUCAAUAACGCCGAGAAGCUACUCACCUACUAUGAGCUUGAUCUUGGGUUGAACCAUGUUGUGCGAAAAUGGAGUGCACCGACAGAUCCUAGAGCGAAUCUCCUCGUCCAAGUUCCUGGUGGCCAACUCGCGUCUAGUGACCGGUACGACGGGCCCUCCGGUGUUUUAGUCUGUUGCGAAGAUCACAUUAUUUAUCGGCAUAUGGACGCCCCUCAACACCGAGUGCCUAUCCCUCGUAGACGGCAUCCCUUGGAGGAUCCCGACCGCGGCCUCAUUAUUGUGGCUGCUGUCAUGCACAAAAUGAAGGGCGCUUUCUUUUUCCUGCUUCAGAGUGAAGAGGGUGACCUUUACAAGGUCACGAUUGAGCACGAAGAGGAAGAGGUGAAGGCACUGAAAAUUAAGUAUUUCGACACUGUACCUGUUGCAUCCAGUCUCUGUAUUCUCAAGUCCGGUUUUCUCUUCGUCGCUUCUGAAUUCGGUAACCACUAUCUUUAUCAAUUCCAAAAGCUCGGUGAUGAUGAUGACGAGCCCGAAUUCAGCUCGACCUCCUACCCCUCCUUCGGCAUGGAUGAUCCUACCCUGCCUCUCCGCCGGGCAUACUUCAAGCCACAUGCUCUGGAUAACUUGGCCUUGGCUGACGAGCUCGAGUCUCUGGACCCGAUUCUCGACGCGAAGGUGAUGAACCUGUUGCCGAACUCAGAUAGCCCCCAGAUUUUCACCGCGUGCGGGAGAGGUGCUCGGAGCUCGCUCAGGAUGCUGCGACACGGUCUCGAAGUUGAGGAAGUUGUCAGCUCGGACCUCCCUGGUAUUCCCAAUGCGGUGUGGACGACUAAGAUCAAAGAAGAUGAUUUAUAUGAUUCAUACAUCAUCUUGUCUUUCGUCAAUGGUACCCUUGUUCUCUCAAUAGGCGAAACCAUCGAAGAAGUGCAAGAUACCGGAUUCCUUUCUUCUGCGCCGACAUUGGCCGUCCAACAAAUUGGAGAAGAUGCUCUGCUUCAAGUCCAUCCUCACGGUAUCCGACAUGUGCUUUCUGAUCGACGGGUGAACGAGUGGCGUGCGCCCAGUGGCAAAACGAUCGUUACAGCUACUACAAAUAAGCGACAAGUUGUGGUGGCGUUGAGCUCGGCAGAGCUGGUCUACUUUGAGCUUGACUUGGAAGGCCAGCUCAACGAGUUCCAGGAUCGUAAAGCAAUGGGCAGUACGGUCCUCGCACUCAGUGUCGGAGAGGUGCCGGAAGGUCGUCAACGAACACCCUACCUGGCUGUUGGCUGUGAGGAUCAGACUGUCCGGAUAAUCUCCCUCGACCCGGAGAGCACGCUAGAGACCAUCAGUCUACAAGCGCUGACGGCCCCGCCAUCUGCGAUAUGUAUCGCGGAUAUCCUCGACGCGAGCAUAAACAAGUCGCAUCCGACAACGUUCGUCAAUAUCGGUCUGCAGAAUGGUGUGCUGCUUCGUACGGUACUGGAUCCUGUCAACGGCCAACUCACGGACACACGGACACGGUUCUUGGGUACACGACCAAUCCGACUGUUGCGGAUUCAGACGCAGAAGAAUCCCGCUAUCCUGGCGCUCUCCUCACGAUCGUGGCUGAAUUAUACCCAUCAGAACCUCAUGCACUUCACGCCGCUCAUCCUCGAUACGCUGGAUUAUGCAUGGAAUUUCUCCGCGGAGCUGUGCCCUGAAGGGUUGAUCGGUAUUGCUGGAAGCACAUUACGAAUAUUCCAGAUACCAAAGCUCGGGACGAAGUUAAAACAGGACUCCAUCCCACUGGCAUAUACUCCUCGCAAGUUCAUCUCGCACCCUACGAAUCGGUACUUCUACCUUAUCGAAGGCGACCAUCGGUCCUACUCGGACGCGACGGCCACGAGUAAGCUGAAUGAAUUGCGGAGUCAGGGAAAAAUGAUCGAUGAUGACAUCGUCAAUCUGCCACCUGAGACGUUUGGACGCGUUAAAGCCCCUGCGGGGCAGUGGGCGUCGAACAUCAGGAUUAUCGAUCCGGUUGAUGCAAAGACAGUAAAUGUGAUACCGCUUGAUAACAAUGAGUCGGCGUUCUCGCUCGCUAUCGUGCCCUUCGCGGCUCGGGGAGGAGAGCUGCAUCUGGUGGUUGGGACUGCGCAGGACACGUUCUUGUCGCCACGGUCGUGUACCAGUGGUUUCUUGCGCACAUACCGGUUUACAGAUGAUGGCACCGGGCUUGAGUUAUUGCACAAGACCGAGACGGACGACGUCCCGUUGGCUGUGAUGCCGUUCCAGGGCAGGCUGGUGGCAGGUGUGGGCAAAGCUCUACGUAUUUAUGAUAUCGGCAAGAAGAAGCUUCUACGGAAAGUGGAGAAUAAAGGCUUCGGCUCCGCGAUUGUGAAUUUGAAUACACAAGGCUCCCGCAUCUUGGUCGGUGACAUGCAAGAGUCUAUCUUCUUUGCAGUAUACAAAGCACCCGAGAACAGACUCCUCAUCUUCGCUGACGACACGCAGCCCAGAUGGGUCACGGCGGCGUGCAUGGUCGAUUAUACGACCGUUGCUGCCGGCGACAGAUUCGGAAACGUCUUCGUGAACCGCCUAGACAUGAAGGUGUCGGACCAGGUUGACGACGAUCCCACCGGCGCUGGCAUUUUGCACGAGAAGGGUAUACUAAUGGGUGCGCCGCACAAAACGAAGAUGCUGUCCCACUUCCACGUCGGUGACCUUGUAACGUCGAUACACAAGGUGUCGCUGGUUGCUGGAGGUCGUGAAGUCCUGCUCUAUACCGGUCUCCACGGGACGGUCGGCAUUCUCGUGCCCUUCGUGUCGAAGGAGGACGUGGACUUUAUCUCGACGCUGGAGCAGCAUAUACGGUCUGAGCAGCCGAGUCUGGUCGGGCGAGACCAACUGGCGUGGAGAGGGUAUUACGUGCCGGUGAAGGCGGUCGUGGAUGGGGAUCUGUGCGAGACGUUUGCGAGGUUGCCCGCGAGCAAGCAGAGCGCGAUUGCGGGCGAGCUGGAUAGGACGGUUGGGGAGGUGCUGAAGAAGCUGGAGCAGCUGAGGGUCACGGCGAGUGGGUUCUAGGCGAGGACGUUUGUACCAAAAUGUAUAUCUAUUAUUUUUGUUGUUUUCGUAAUUGCAAGUGCUUGCAAGUGUUUUGUGUCGCACGGCCUCGGAGGUCAAAAAGAGUUAGAUG